AGGAGCGUACCACCCACUCGCAGCAGCAAUGGCCGCAGCCGUCGUCGUCGGGGGCAUGGUCGCCUCGGGUGUCAUCAAGGUGGUGAUCAAAGAGAUCGGUUCUGCCAUUAAAGGCAAGUUCAAGCUGCACAAGAACUUGAGGAAGGAUAUGGAGAAGAUGAAGAUAACACUUGAGUCGGUGGAAGCCGUACUCAGCGAGGCCGAAAGGCGUUCUAUCACGGACAAACCUACGCGCCUGUGGCUGAAGCGGCUCAAGGACGCCUUGUAUGAGAUCUCAGACAUGCUUGAUGACUUCGAAGCUGACAGCAACCUGUUGGAAGGUGUCGUCAAGAAGUUUAAGAUGCCAAGUAAGAUGAAAGAGAUGCAGCAGAGGCUACAGAAGAUAUCAGAAGACCACACGAAAUAUAGUGUUCCGGCAGAUGCUCGCAGCGACAAGCAGCCCGUUCAUGAUAUCCGGGAAACACUAGCAGAUGCAGAAGAAACAGAUCCCAUUGGGAGGACUGAUGACAAACAGAAGAUCAUGGGUCGUCUAUCUAAGGGCAUCCCUGCAAAGACCACCUUCCUUUCCAUAUGGGGCUUUGGAGGCAUCGGAAAGACCACCUUGGCAAGAUUGGUUUACAAGGAUCCCCAGUUCGAAGAGUACUCUAAGGUGUGGGUCUAUGUGUCCCAGAAACUUGACUUGAAAAAAAUUGGAAAUUCUGUAAUAUCACAAUUAUCAGAAAAGGAAGAGCAUAGCAAGAUAGACGAGCUGAAGAUCAUUCAUGAUCGUCUUGGAAAGCUACUUGCUGGUAAUAAGAAGAUUCUGAUCAUUUUGGAUGACCUGUGGGAGAGGCGUACUUCUGAACUUGAAAAAUUGAAGGUUAUGCUAAAGCAGGCUGAGGGGAGCAAGGUGAUGGUUGUGGUAACCACACGUGAAGAAAGCAUAGCAAAAGAAAUUGGUAGUGUUGAUCCAUACUGCUUAGCUCCUUUGACAUAUGAAAUGUGCUGGGAUAUUAUUAAACAAAAAUGCAACUUUGAAGCUCAUCCUUGCAAAGAGCGUUUGGAGACGAUUGGAAAGGAAAUUGCAAAAAAGUGUGGAGGUGUGCCUUUAGCUGCUCAAUCACUUGGACACAUGUUAAAAUCGAAGCCAUAUGAUGUGUGGGAUUCAGUCAGGUCCAAUCAUAUCUGGAAUCUACCUCAUGCCAGAAAUACAUCGUCUACACAUGAAGUUCUUGCAUCCUUGUUGUUGAGCUACAACUUCAUAGAUAAUCCAUCCUUGAAGUUAUGCUUUGCUUAUUGUGCAAUCUUUCCAAAAGGCUACAAUAUAAUUAAACAUGAUCUAAUUCAUCAAUGGAUUGCUCUUGGAUUCAUGGAGCCAUAUAAUGAUAUAUUAUCUACCUGGCAACUCGGUGAGAGUUAUGUUAGGCAGCUACUGGAGAUGUCAUUUCUUCAACACUACAAGACCGUUGCCGAACGUUCCUACGCAAGGGAAGAUGCUACAUUAUUCACCAUGCAUGACCUGGUGCAUGACCUCGCAAGAUCAGUUAUGGCUGACGAAUUUUACUUGAAGGGGCCCAACUGCCGCUAUGCAUAUCUUACAGAUUGUACCAAGCCAUUGAAGUCAUCAGCUACUUCACCUGCAAAGAUAAAGGCGCUGCAUAUUGUGGACCAUCCUGAUGGUAGAUUGAAAGAAAAUCAGUUCCAUGCUAAUGCAUAUUCACAAGCUAGGCACCUCCAUGUCUUAAUCUUAGAUGUAAGCCCGUACUCUUUAAGGGUGUUGCCAGAUUCUAUUGGUAAGCUUAAGCAGUUGAGGUAUCUUAGUGUUCCACAUAUCAAUGGUGGAACGGAUCUGAGGUGUAUCGCCCAACUCACAAAAUUGAAUUAUCUCAACCUUUGUGGCUCUACACAUCUCUUGGGAUUGCCUGAGUCAAUUAGUGAAAUGAAAGGUCUGAUGCAUCUUGACUUAUCGCAUUGCCGAAAUCUAAAAAAACUGCCAUUGUCAUUUGGCACACUAAGAGAGCUGGUAUAUCUGGACUUAUCACACUGUGGUGGUGUUUUAGGAAUAACGGAAGCUUUGGGUGGCCUUACCAAGCUCCAGCAUUUGGAAUUAUCGGAGUGUGAAAAUCUGAGAGGGCUACCAGAAGUCAUCAGCAGUCUCACUGAACUCCGGUAUUUGAAUCUAACAAGAUGCGUGCAUUAUAUCUUUGACCGCUCAUCAGCAAAUCAAACAGAAAGUUUCAUUCAUUGUAUAUGCACACUUCCCAAUAUGCAGCAGCUGGACUUGUCUCACAAUGAAUAUCAUCUUAGAAUACCAGGAAGUGCCCAGCGCCUCAGGAAGCUGGACCUCCGUGGGUGCAAUAACGUUAGUGGGCUUCCAAAAUAUGCGGCUAAAAUGAAUGGAAUCAUCGCGGAGCAGCUGCACCGUUUACCACUUUUUUCUGUAUAUGCAUAUGGCACUGAAUGUUGGAGCAACCUAUACUUGCUUGAGCCUACAAAUCCUGACAGGCUGCAUAUCGAGAUGCUUGAAAAUGUGCAGUGCACAGAAGAGGCAAACAGUAUAAAUCUCAGUAAAAAACAGAAAAUUAGAAAAUUGACAUUAGAGUGGACCAGCGAUGCUAACAGAUGUGUGGAAGACAUGGAGUUGCUGAGGGAGCUAGUGCCACCAACCAGUUUAAUGGAGUUUAUGAUAGAUGGUUACAGUAGUAUAGAUUUUCCGGGGUGGCUCAUGAAUAUUAGCAAUUACCUCCCUAAUCUUGGCAGAAUAGUGAUGUGGGAUUUGCCCAAGUGCACCCAUCUACCACCCCUUGCCCAACUACCAAACCUCCGAGUGCUUACUCUGAAGGGGAUGGAAAACCUGGAAGAAUGGAACACAACAGACUCUACUUCGAGUGGGCCUAUGUUCCCUUCGCUUCAAAAAGUGAAAAUAUGCUAUUGCCCUAAGUUGAGGAUAAAACCACAACUUCCUAGAGCUGCAUCUUGGAAAAUAAGCGGAAGUGGUAAUUUGCUCACGUCAUGGGGGGAGAUCGCAGCACACAUUGGUGCUUCCUCAUCUUCUUCUCCAGUAUGUACUCAUCUGUUAGUUCAGUACACUGAUGUGCCUAUGUUACAGUGGAGUUUGCUUCACCAAGUACCUGCCCUAUGUCAUCUGAGAAUCGAAUUUUGCAGUGAUUUGACGAUCUCACCACAGCUCACCCGGGCCCUCUACUCCCUCAAAUCACUGAAAUUGGCAUUCCAGGAAGGACCCAUGGAAUGGGUAGGCGAGCUCAAGUCUCUUCAGCAUCUGGAAAUACAGUACUACUGGAAGCUACAGGAAUUAUCCGAUAACCUGAGACAACUCACACAACUACAAUCAUUAACUCUGGAAGAAUGUAGUAGUUUGACAUCACUGCCUCUAUGGUUAGGAGAACUUGCCUCUCUCAAGGAACUUACGGUCAGGAGCUGCAAUGCCAUUAUGAUUCUGCCAGAGAGUCUCACCAGUCUCCAAGAGUUAACUCUCUAUGAUUGCGAUGAAAUCAUGACUGUGCCUGAGAGUCUCACAAGUCUCCAACGGUUAUCUAUUAAUAAGUGUCCAAAACUAGAGCAGUGGUGUGAAGAGAACUACAGCCGCUGGAAUAUAUGUGAAGACUACUGUGCAUCCCCAGAUCUCCAGGAAAAUGACGAGGAGAGAUACGACGCCCUAGAACUUGUUCGGACCCUCUCCGCUCCUCCAGUGCUCUCCCAGAGCGAAUUUUUACCAGAUUGGACCACAUGCUCCAGUGUAAUGAUGGAAAGGACCAGCUCAUGGUGAAAUUGGAAAAUGUACCAUGGUGGCAAGGUAGCCAAGUGCCACGUGACACAUGCCACCGUGGACCCAGGCGGCAAGCCCUGCCGCCAUUAUCCCAGUCGGCACGUUGGCGAGAGUUGACA